AUGUGCCUCGAAGAUGGUGAUGUCAAAUUGCCUACUGGCUUCUUCGAGCCAAUUUACCAGGUGGGAAAGCACAAGAACAAAUCGACGCCGACAUUUCCUGAGCUAGCUGCUGCUCAUAGAUUAUAUGGCAUCGGCAAGCUUUCCAACGCCCCGUCACCCACACACGACUUCCCAGACGGAAAUUUUACACUCGCAGAGAUUGCAGCAUUCUUGCCACAGUCGAUUAAAAGCUGGGAUGUCGCCGACCGCAUUAUUUGGAACGGCGCUGCAUCUGAAGAUCUCGCCCUCUUCUUCAACAAGUACCGAGGCCUGUCCCCAAAGAUUGACAUUAACUCUGUUUACCUGAUGUUUCGUGGGCAGAUGCGCAAACGCAGCGAAGCAGAACACGGGUAUAAGAAUUGGAGGCAAUGGAUUGUCAGCGCACAAGCAGACGUCCAGAAGCCGGAGAAGUUCGACCCUGACAGUAUCAACGUCACAGGCUUCCGUCGACCGGUCAUAUUCCAAAAUCGUCUCAACAUACCUGCUGUCCCAAUCCCGUUCACAGACCUCGCCAAAGGUGUUGCACUCUGGCCUGAGGGUGACGAUGCUUUAGACUUGACGCGUUGCGUAAGCUGGUGCGUUGAUCAUCCAGAAGUAGAGUCUUACUACCCAACAGACUACCAAACCGUUCUCGAACGUGUAGGUGGUCCGCUGGUCCCAAAUGCUUGUCAUUCAGAUGGUCAAGCACUAUUACGCCUUCGGUCUGGGACAGGCCGCAUUGCGCCUCGAAGGCGUGUGAAUAGAGACUACAGAUAUGGUAACGCCGAUUCAUAUGAAAUCAGCGACGAUACUGAAUCGAGAAAGCGCAAGCGCGGCCUGUCCUCUCGUGACGAACGUGCUAAGCGACGCAAGAGCACCGCGGCGAGCACUCUCCGUCAGACCCGAACCACGCGCAACACGACGGCACAGUUACCUGCCAAGAAAGACACUCUUUUCCAGAUGAGUUCCGAGGAGGACACAGACGACGAUUCCUACCAAGGGCCGAAGCACACGAAAAAGAACAAGGAGGGACCUCGGCGAUCAGGGCGCAUCAAGACCAAGACCGCAUCGUACGUCGAUAUCGAUGGAGCUGAAAUGGAAGAAACAGAUGCCGAGUGUGAAUAUCGGCAGUACGGUGACGCUGGAGAUGAUGAAGACGUAUCUGACGGAGAAUUGAAUGACGUGGACAUGGACGAGUGAAUCCUCUCGGGAAUUCGAAGAAGAAGCUGUGUUGGUAGAGCAUUUGACGACAGGCGAGAUAAUAUGCUCCAUACACACAUAUCAAUAAUACAUAUGUGAAGUGAAUUUGUCCAGAGUAUGAAGCUACUUCAUUUGGAAAAUGGCUAUAAUGCUCUUAAAGCAAUUUGGCGUGAUGAAUGAAGUAUCAGGGGAAUAAAUGUCGAAAAAGGUCAUGUUAUAUGCUGAACAAGUGAUUUAAACUGCAAGAAAUACAUCUUUC